AUGUGUCUUCAUCUUCUCUUCUCAGGGAGAGCUGGUGACUGCGUCCAAGGCAAUAAUUGAGAAAGAGUAUCAACCAAAAGUCAUAGUGAGCACAACAGGACCAAACCCGUUCAACAAACUCACCGAUCGAGAGCUGGAAGAGUAUCGCAAAGAAGUAGAAAGAAAGCAGAAGGGACCAGAAGAACCUUCAGAAGACGGCAGGCAGCAGAAAGAGAGGAGUCCCCCCGAUCACACUUUGGCUCGCACUCCGCCCAGCACGCCCAUUAAGAUAGAGGAAGAGCCACAGACGGACCAGACCUACAGAGAUGACAGUGACGCUGCAACUUUCAAGCAAACCCUCCCAGAUCUCACCCCUGAUGAGCCUUCAGAAGCACUCAGCUUCCCUCCCUUAGGAAAGGAGGAAGGGAGAUGUGAUGAAGAUGUGCCCAAAAGCCCAACGGAAUCACCUGCAGUGGAAAACAAGGAACCCCAGUCUCCACCCGCUGAAGAGGCAGUGACGCCAACGGCUGAGGAGGGGACGGCAGCUGAGGCAGGUAGCGACGAGUCUCCGGGGAAGUCCCCAUCGAAAAAGAAAAAGAAGUUUCGCACUCCUUCCUUCCUGAAGAAGAGCAAAAAGAAGAGUGACUCCUAAAGGCCAAACACACUGCAGAAACACUGUCAUAUUUUACCAUUCAUUAACCACUAGAAUGUACCAGAUCGUACCGAGUGUUUUGUCUUCUUACGUAAAGGAAUGCAGCAAGUAAUCCCACCAGCCCCCCAAGUCAUGGCUUGAUUGUUUAAGGUUAUAACCAGAAACCGAUGUCCAGAAAGGUGCUAAUCCUGUGUUUCCAGCAGCUGCCACAGAUCUGAUCCCUAAUUUGUGACCACGUGUAAGUGACUUCCACGUGGAAGGCACUCACUCACCAUUUUUAAGGUAAAGCCCGCACUGCUCUACAAAAGCCUAAGCAAAGAUUGCGCAAUUAAGAAUAAACCACGCGUCGCUUCCCA